CACUGUGCCAACAUGGCGACGCCCAGGACCUAAUCCGGGAAACGUGCACCCAGGCUAAUACGGUCCUGGACGCCGGGAGCGAAGGCUUGGCAGGGAGAGGCUCCUGCGGAUGCCCCGUGCGAGAAUCGGUCUGUGGCUAAGUCUAACUCUCCGCUCCACGCGCAGUCUCUGUAGAGCCGGGUUUAUGGAGGGGCAGCCGCAAGGGCCGCCGAAUCCAGCCGGCAUGGAGAACGGCACCGAGCCCUGCGGAGAAGAGCGAGCAUCCGAGGCUCAGGAGACGACGGUCACCGAGGGGGCCGCCAAGAUAGCCUUCCCCAGCGCCAACGAAGUCUUCUACAACCCGGUGCAAGAGUUCAACCGGGACCUGACAUGUGCCGUGAUCACCGAGUUUGCUCGCAUUCAGCUUGGGGCCAAAGGAAUCCAGAUCAAGGUGCCAGGUGAGAAGGACGUGCAAAAGGUGGUCGUGGACUUGUCAGAGCAAGAGGAGGAAAAGGCUGAACUGAAAAAGGGUGCAAACCUGGCCCCGGGAGACCAACCUCGAACGGCUGCCGUUGGGGAGAUCUGCGAGGAAGGCCUUCGAGUGCUAGAGGGUCUGGCAGCCUCGGGCCUACGUUCCAUUCGCUUUGCACGAGAGGUGCCUGGACUCCAGUCUGUAGUUGCCAACGAUGCCUCUGCCCGAGCCGUGGAUCUCAUGUGCCGUAAUGUGCAGCUCAACGCUGUGGCCCACCUGGUACAUCCCAGGCAGGCCGAUGCCAGGAUGCUGAUGUACCAGCACCAGAGGGCAUCGGAGCGGUUUGACGUCAUCGACCUGGACCCGUAUGGCAGCCCCGCCCCCUUCUUGGAUGCAGCCGUGCAGGCUGUGAGCGAAGGAGGUGAGGCCACACUGACCUGGGCACAGAGCAGGGCUCGGGGUUUCCGGAGGAUCCUCACUGCUCAGGCCUUCCUUGCAGGUCUGCUGUGCGUCACCUGCACCGACAUGGCAGUGCUGGCGGGGAACAGCGGGGAGACCUGUUACAGCAAGUACGGGGCCAUGGCCCUCAAGAGCCGGGCCUGCCAUGAGAUGGCCCUGAGGAUCGUCCUGCACAGCCUGGACCUCCGAGCCAACUGCUACCAGCGCUUUGUGGUGCCACUGCUCAGCGUCAGCGCUGACUUCUACGUGAGAGUUUUUGUCCGUGUCUUCACCGGCCAGGCCAAAGUCAAGGCCUCAGCCAGCAAGCAGGCACUGGUGUUCCAGUGUGUGGGCUGCGGGACCUUUCACCUCCAGCGCCUUGGCAAAGCGUCCGGAGCCUCUGGAGGCCGGGUCAAGUUCUCUGCGGCCUGUGGUCCCCCGAUCAGCCCUGAGUGUGAGCACUGUGGGCAGCGACACCAGCUUGGUGGUCCCCUGUGGGCGGAGCCCAUCCACGACCUGGACUUCGUGGGGCGCGUGCUGCAGGCUGUGAGCGCCAAUCCUGGCCGCUUCCACACCUCGGAGCGAAUCCAGGGGGUCCUGAGCGUCAUCACUGAGGAGCUCCCGGACGUGCCUCUCUACUACACGCUGGACCAGCUGAGCAGCACUAUCCGCUGCAGCACGCCCAGCCUCCUGCAGCUGCGGUCAGCCCUCCUCCAUGCCGGCUUCCGGGUCUCACUCUCCCACGCCUGUAAGAAUGCCGUGAAGACGGAUGCCCCCUCCUCAGCCCUCUGGGACAUCAUGCGCUGCUGGGAAAAGGAGUGUCCGGUGAAGCGGGAAAGGCUGUCAGAGACCAGCCCUGCGUUCCGUAUUCUCAGCGUGGAGCCCAGGCUGCAGGCCAACUUCGCCGUCCGGGAUGACGCCAACCCCAGCUCCCGCCAGCGAGGACUCAAGCGCUUCCAGGCUAAUCCUGAGGCCAACUGGGGCCCCCGGCCCCGUGCCCGGCCAGGGGGCAAGGCCGCAGGUGAAGCUAUGGAGGAGAGACGCAGGCUGCACCAGAAUAAGAGAAAGGAGCCGGCUGAGGACCCGGUCCAGCGGGCUGCCCGGCUCAAGACCUUUCCCUGUAAAAGAUUCAAGGAGGGCACCUGUCAACGCGGGGACCAGUGCUGCUACUCCCACAGCCCCCCAACACCCGAGGACACCGCUGCAGCCGCCUCCCCUGACCAUCCCAAGACCUCUCACCAGAACCCGCCUGGGUCUGGCGUUGCCGCUGGUCCGGGUGUAGACUGAGCCAAUAAAGAUAUGUCACCUUUC